ACAAGACUGGUGGAGUUACGUAUAGUACUUCCAAAUUGCCAUGUCCUCGCUGCUGAUUGAGAUUGAGAGGAACCAAUCGGCGCCUGGAAUGUCGAAGCCUUGUCCAAUCAGAAGUUCACAAAUGUGGGACUUCUCUUCGUGAGCUCCUUAGUCCCUCCGUUUACAGUAAAUCUUUCAUUUUUUUUGUUGCUGCUGAAAGACUCCGAAAAGUAGAAACAAGACUAAUUUGACUGAUUCUACAAUUGGCCGUUUGACGGGGAAGUCCACCGCCCCCCCGGUCACAAAAUGCCGUUGGUGACGAGGAACAUAGAGCCUCGCCAUGUGUGCCGCCAGGUGCUCCCCAGCACCAUCCGCAGUGAGCUGGAGUGUGUUACCAACAUCAGCCUCGCCAACAUCAUACGCCAGCUAGGCAGCCUCAGUAAAUAUGCAGAGGAUGUGUUUGGAGAGCUGUUUGUGCAAGCGGGGGCGUUUGCUAUCAGGGUGAACUCACUGGGUGAGAGAGUGGACCGUCUACAGGUCAAAGUCACCCAGCUCGACCCUAAAGAGGAGGAAGUCUCUCUGCAGGCCAUCACCCAGAAGAAAGCGUUUCAUAGUAAUCUGACUCAGGACCAGCAGUUAUUCUGUAGACCCUCUUUACCACUGCCUGUACAGGAGACUUAUCUGACCUGUAAUCCUCCUCCACCACUCAACAACCUCAGCCAGUACAGGGACGAUGGGAAGGAUGCUCUGAAGUUCUACACGGACCCGUCUUACUUCUUUGACCUGUGGAAGGAGAAGAUGCUGCAGGACACCAAGGACAUCAUGAAGGAGAGACGCAAACACAGGAAGGAGAAGAAGGACAAUCAAAAUAUGCGGACUCUGAAUCCCAGAAAGAUCAAGACCAGAAAGGAUGAGUGGGAACGGCGCAAGAUGGGGGAAGAGUUUGUGGUACCCAAGAACGACAUGGGAGAAUCUCUUGAGGGUCUGAAUGGCAGUAUUGGUUCAGGAGAAGGCUGUUAUUCCGCUGAUGGUUUAGACCAGAGUACAGGGUCGUACGCCUUCGAUCCCGGCUCCCCGCUCCCUCCCCCCGCUCCCGAUGACUUCCUGCCCCCUCCACCCCCAGACAUGACGUAUGACGGACAGUACGGAGCACCAACCCAGAAGCGCACCAGCGUUCUGAGCCCCACACACCCUCCUCCAGCCCCUCCCAUGACCUCUUCUGCUUCCAGUGGCUCUCGGCCCAACCUGGCCCCUCCCCCUGCCCCACCUCCCCCUCCCCCCUCUGGAUUUGACUCCUCCCCUCCCGCUCCCCCUCCUGUCUUCUUCUCUGCCUAUCCCUCCCCCCCUGCCCCACCUUCCCCUCUCUCCCAGAGCACCAUCUCUCCACCUCCUCCCCCCUCUCUCCCCCAGGGUGGUGGCGCACCUCCUCCUCCUCCUCCCCCGCCUCCCCCAGGCCCCCCUCCUCUCUUCUGGCCUCCCCCUCCCUCCUUCUCCAUUGGGGCUCCCCCUCCUCUCAAACCCACCCAGGUUCAGCCAGAAGCCCCCGCUGACGCUCAUAAUGACUUGCUGUCAGCUAUCCGGCAAGGUUUUAACCUUCGUAAAGUGGAGGAACAGAAAGAACAGGAGAAGAAGGAUAACUACGGCAACGACGUAGCGGCCAUCUUGUCUCGCCGUAUUGCUGUGGAGUGCAGCGAUAGCGAAGACGACUCCUCGGAGUUGGACGAUGACGAUUGGUCCGAGUGAGGCCUCCUUUACCACCACCAUUAUGGUCUUCCUCAGUCCUCCUCGGAGAGAAUGCAUCAUGUCCUUUUGCCAUUACUUCUUCAUAACCAAUGAUCUGAGGAGUAGAGGGCCAAAGAUGAGUGUAUCCUCUUCCACACUCCUGUCUAAGCCAGUCACAUUCCCUGUGUGCCAGUCACAUUCCCUGUGUGCCAGUCACAUUCCCUGUGUGCCAGUCACAUUCCCUGUGUGUUUUAUGUAGAACUUAACUGAGAAGCCGAUAACUUCAGUAUGGAGAACAGUCCAAAUAUCAAAAACCCAAUUAUUUCUAAAGGGCACAUGGCCAAAGGUGUGUGUGUGUGGUAAUGAGAAUUAUACUCACAGAUAACAUAGUAUACCGUAUAGAUAUUGAUCCUUACAUACAGACACACAGUCCCAUAAUGGUUUAACUGAUGAACUGUGUUAUGUAUUAAGAAUCAUAUUUGACUUUAUGAUAGUUAUAAGAUGUGCUAAAUGAGGCACAACAAACUUUUUUUUUUAUUGCAGUUUUUGUUUUUUUCCCCUGUCUUUUGCGCUGUUGUUGGCAUGGGGAUGGUUACCUAGGUGACGGAGGGACUCAUUAACAGGUGGGGGGGAUAGAAAUAUAAUGUAUUUAUAUAUAAAUAGGGGGACGUUCAGCUGAAUAAAAUGUUCUGAACCUAUCUAAACGUUCUGAAAUGUUCCGAUUCAGCUCUGGCUCAAUAAAACCAUGUCCCAUGUCAGUCAAAACAUGCUCUGCCCAAUAAGUGAUCCCUCUCUUGCUCUAGUCCCGCCCCUCAAGUGCCUUUUGCUUUUCAUGUUUAUGUGCGAGGAGGAUGACGUUACCCUUGGACACUGAUCUAAGGUCAGGUUUGUAUCGGUCCCAUCACCAUAGGAUUGGAUGAUGCGUCACUGAUCCUAGAUCUGUGUCUGAGACAACUUGAUCGUCUUCUGUUUGUUUUAAAUCCAAAGUGUAAAGCCACAAUCAGACCUGAACAUGUUAUUAUCCAACCACCUGUUUCUGCUUGUCCUGUCUGUCUCAACUUUAUCAGUGACGAUUAUUACAAUAAUAAAGAUACAAUGAACUACA